AUGGCGGGUCCGAGGCGUCGGUUCACCCGGCGCGUGCUGCCCGCGCUGCUCAUCAUCGCGAUCCUGGGGCUCGGCUCGCGCGUGGGCGGCGGCGGCGACGGUGGAGGCGCCGGCGCCGGCGAUGCGUCCGCGCGGGAGGAUCUCACCCGCCUCGACGAGGAUCGGAUUUCCGUCGGGACGACGACGCCCUCGUCGCCGCGGGUGCGCGCGGGGCUCGGGGACCGAACGGCGAUCGUCGACGGCACGGACCCCUCUCCGCCGUCGAUACCGCCGCGCGCGGCGUCGAAACCCCCGCCGCCGGCGCGGAAGGAGAGCGCCGGGCGCGCGUGGAAUCUCGGGACGACGACCAAAUCCAAGACGACCAAAUCUAAAUCCACCGAGCUCGUCGCCGGGAUCGCCGCGCUCGAGGUGGACCACAGCACGCACGCCGCGGACGACGAGGCCGCGAGAGCCAUCGCCAACGCGGGUAAGCAGACGAGCGGCUACGCGGACGCGCUCGACACGUCCAAGAUCGUCUUCGCCACCUUCGUGUCCAACGGCUUCCACGAGUUCAUGCUCAACUGGUUCGAGCACACAAAGAGACUGGGAGUGGAUAACGUGAUCGUCGCGGCGUUGGACGCAGAGACCGAGGCGCUGUGCGUGGCGAGAGGGAUCCCGUACCACAGCGAUAAGGACCUGCGGUACACCUUCGAGGUGAUGGCGACGGGCGGGCAGCCGCUGCACGACCCGAACGCCAAGGUGACGAUGGAGGGCAAGGCGUUUCAGCAGAUCGGCGCGCUCAAGGCAGCGUUUUUGCUCUUCCUCCUGAACCGCGGUCACAGGGUUCUGGUGUCCGACGUGGACACGGUCUGGCUCGACGACCCGCGGGAGUGGUUCGAGCGCGACGACCUGCCGACGCGCACCGACGUCAGCGUCUCCACCGACUGCUUAUCCCACGAGGAGGAGCGGCGCAGCCGCGGGUGCUGGGGACCGGGGUUCAACACCGGCAUCCUCUGGCUUCGGCCCACCGAGGCGACAAUUAACUUGAUGGCCACGUGGCGAGACGCCCUCCUCACCACGUCCGAUAAGUUCGAGCACGACCAGGACAUAUUCAACAAACUGCUGCGCGUCGAGCAGGACGGCUCGCCCGCGUCGUUCGCCGCGGUGGACCCUCCGCUCGGGGUGAGAUCGACCGACAGUUCCUUCGCCGAGGCUGACGGGGACGGGCGCGUCGGCGAGGCGCUGCACAUGAGACGCGUCGCGCGGGGCAUCGUCCUCGGCGCGCUGCCCCUCGCCAGGUUCUGUAGCGGGCACACGUACUUCGUGCAGAGGCUGCCGCAGCGUUUGGGCGUGAAACCCCUCGUCGUGCACACCACGUACCAGUUCUCGCAAGCGCGGGGCAAGCGACAGCGGCUGCGGGAAGCCGGCCUGUGGCUCCUCGACGACGACGCGUACUUCGGCAAGGGACCGGGGUUCACCAAAAAAGGGUUCAUCGCGAUGCUACCGGACGACCAGCCCCCCGCGGAGCUCCUUCGCGACGGCGCCGGCGUGGAGAAACACCUCGCGGCGGCGGCGUGGUAUCGCCUGGCGAUUCGUAACCUCGUCGCCGCCGCCGACGCGACGAGCCGCGUGCCCGUGUUACCGCGGAUCACGUGCGUGUGCGACAGGUGGUGGGGGAACGUGCUCCCGUCGUGCAAGAUCCCCGGGUCCGACGUGUCACCGCCGUUCGGCACGUGCCCGCAGGAUCACAUCAUGAACUUGCCGAACAUGGAGCGCGCCGGGGUGGAGUGGCGCGAGUGGAGCUUUUUGGAUCGCGUCGGGAAUGGGAGCGCGGCGUUGGCGCGUUUGGGGGGGGGUGCCGAGGGGGGUGCCGACACGAUCGGAGGAAGUUUCGCGCGCGUCGUCGACCUGCCCGCGUAUCCCACGGACGCGGAGUGGGCGAAAGCGACGGCGGAGCUCGACGAGACGAUCGUGUUCGUGUCGAGCGGCGUGAGUUCCUUUUGCACGUUUUCCGACCCGACCGAGGCGGCGGCGUUUGACCGGAAGAUGGCGGUGGCGCUGCAGGCCGAGUCGCACUUCUGCGAGUCAGUGGUGGAUGUGGGCGGGGAGGGUAAGCCGCGACGCGCGUGCCACGUCGGGUUCGACGUGCCGCGCGGCGUGGCGACGGACAGAGACUGCGAAGCGAUGCGAGCGAAAAAUGGCGACUCAAACGCUUUUGAGGCUCGGUUCGAUCGGCGCUCGCCGGUUGGCGGCGAGAAGCGCGCGCCCGCGUGA